GCAUGCGCCCGGCGGCGGGUGGUGCAGGGGGCGUCUCGCGCGGCGCAGCCAUGGCGGGGGCGCUGAGGAAGACCACUGGACUUGUAGGAUUGGCUGUAUCUGAAAACCCUCAUGAGCGCCUGCGAAUACUGUACACAAAAAUCCUUGGCAUCCUGAAAAAUAUUCCUAAAGAUGCAGCAUAUAGGAAAUACACUGAGCAGAUUGUAAAUCAACGAUUUAAUUUGGUGCAAACGGAGACUGAUGUGCAAAAACUGCAGGACAAACUGAACAGUGGUCACAUAGAAGAAGUCAUUGUGCAGGCUGAAAAUGAGCUUUCCCUGGCAAGAAAAAUGAUACAGUGGAAACCAUGGGAGCCUCUAGUUGAAGAACCUCCUUCUGACCAGUGGAGAUGGCCAAUGUAAUGUUCAACAUGGUGUAACCUCUUGAAAGUUUAAAAAAAAAAAAAAAGUUAAUUAUUAAUCUAUUGUUACUGACAGUUGUCUUUAAAUUAAAGAUAAUUUCAUAAAAACAUGUUUUGUCCCAGUGUCCACUUACAUUUAGUAAUCUAAAGACUGCUUCCCAUUUCUUGGAAAAAAUGGUUUUAAGAAAAUUCUCAGCUGUUGUACUACCCAACCUUUGGUGUAUUUCCUUUUAUAACUUAUUAUUAACAGAGUAUUUGCAUCCUUUUUUUUUUUUUUUAAUCUGUAUUUGUAUGUUAACAAAUACAGGUAUUAUAGAACUUUUGAAAUCAAAAAAAAGUUGUAGAAAAGUAUGAUCCUGCCCUUCUCUCCCACCUUUGGUUGUGUAUUUUUGCCAGCCACUGCCAGGGUCUUUAUGACUAUGCAGAUACUGAGAUCAGGGAUCUCGUGCAAUGAAAACGAGGCUUACCAAAAAUAACAGUUUUUUAGAUUUCAGCUGAAUCACUGUCUUGAACUGGCUGACUUCGCUGCCCACAUAAACACUUAAUUCUGACUCAGGGGAAGCACUGGGAAAACCCAAGAUUGCAGGGGUGAGGGGGAGAAGGAAGACCACCCCUUAAGGUGACAGCAGGAACAGGUUUCUUGGUUAGCUGGUAGGUUAGUAUCAUACACAUGGUACAGACUUUAGUACUGGGGUCUUACAAAGACUUUGUAUAUAAACAUGUAUACUUUAUAGAUUUAAUUGUUUAUUAUUGGUGACCUUGAAUGUUACGUAGUGGUAUGAAAAAAAUAGUGGAUCUUUCUUGACACAUCUAGGUUCUUUCAAACAUUUCAAUGGAAACAGUUCCAGACUCUUUUGAAAAUUUCUGUUAACUUACAAGUUUAUAAGCCCCGAUUAAAAUAUCCAGACUAAGAUCUAAAGAUACUUUGCAAAUUUGCCUUUACUCAUGUUUUUUCAGUACUAUUAAGUUCUUGCAAGUUUAAAGAUAGGAAUAUAGCUGUGUGACUGUAUUUGUUUACAGCUGCAUUUGUUAAACGUUUAUGAUAGAGCACCACUUCACUACCUUACAUAUUUUGUCAUAGACGUUUUUCAUAGUCAUUAGGCCUAUAAUUUUACCUGUGAAAUCAUUAUUAUUAAUAAUUACAUCUUUAUAUAAUAUUUUGUACAAUCAAGGUAUUGGGGAGUAGGACAGUAGAAGAGAAAAACAGUAUACUUAAGGUAUACUCUAGCAAUUUUCACUCCAUUCUUUAGUAUUAUUUUCAACUAUUAGUACUAUAAUUACAUAAAUUUUUAGAGUGAAAAAGUGGAAAAUAAUUUGUGUCAUUAUUUGUUGUUGAGGACUUUUUCAGUCUUGGAAAAGGCAGAAGCUGGUCUCUUCUGAGAGAAAACCACUAGAUGGCAUGCCAUAAGAGGACUUUGCUAAAGUUAACCCACAACUUUCACGUUAUAAACAUUAAAGGAUUACAAACUUUAAUGAGGGCGAAUGAUGUCUGAUGAGAAAUUAACUUUUAGGUAAUAACUAUUGAGGUGAUGUAAGAGAAAGAAAAAUAAAA